AUGGUAUUCUACUUUGGCAGAAAUGGAUCUGGAAAAAGUAACUUUUUUUAUGCAAUUCAGUUUGUUCUCAGCGAUGAGUUUAGUCAUCUCCGUCCGGAACAGCGAUUGGCUUUGUUGCAUGAGGGUACUGGUCCUCGAGUUAUUUCUGCUUUUGUGGAAAUUAUUUUUGACAAUUCAGACAACCGUUUACCAAUCGAUAAAGAGGAAGUUUCACUUCGAAGAGUUAUUGGUGCCAAAAAGGAUCAGUAUUUCUUAGACAAGAAAAUGGUCACGAAAAAUGAUGUGAUGAACCUCCUUGAAAGUGCUGGUUUUUCUCGAAGCAAUCCUUAUUAUAUUGUUAAACAAGGAAAGAAAGAGACACAGGGCAAGCGGGAAAAGAUCAAUGAAUUGUUAAAAUAUAUUGAAGAGAGAUUACAUACCUUAGAGGAAGAAAAGGAAGAACUAGCUCAGUAUCAGAAGUGGGAUAAGAUGAGACGAGCUCUGGAAUAUACCAUUUACAAUCAGGAACUUAACGAGACCCGUGCUAAACUCGAUGAGCUUUCUGCUAAGCGAGAGACUAGUGGAGAAAAAUCUCGACAGUUAAGAGAUGCCCAGCAGGAUGCCAGAGAUAAAAUGGAGGAUAUUGAACGCCAAGUUCGAGAACUGAAAACAAAAAUAUCAGCUAUGAAAGAAGAAAAGGAACAGCUCAGUGCUGAACGACAAGAACAGAUUAAGCAGAGGACUAAGUUGGAACUUAAAGCCAAGGAUUUGCAAGAUGAGUUGGCAGGCAAUAGUGAGCAACGGAAACGCUUAUUGAAAGAGAGGCAGAAACUGCUUGAAAAAAUAGAAGAAAAGCAGAAAGAACUGGCAGAAACAGAACCUAAAUUCAACAGUGUUAAAGAAAAAGAAGAACGAGGCAUUGCUAGAUUGGCCCAAGCUACCCAGGAAAGAACGGAUCUUUAUGCAAAGCAGGGUCGAGGAAGCCAGUUUACAUCGAAAGAAGAAAGGGAUAAGUGGAUUAAAAAGGAACUCAAAUCCUUAGACCAGGCUAUUAAUGACAAGAAAAGACAGAUUGCUGCUAUACAUAAGGAUUUGGAGGACACUGAGGCAAAUAAAGAGAAAAAUCUGGAGCAGUAUAAUAAAUUGGAUCAGGAUCUUAAUGAAGUCAAAGCUCGAGUAGAAGAACUGGACAGAAAAUACUAUGAAGUAAAAAACAAGAAAGAUGAAUUACAAAGUGAAAGAAAUUACCUGUGGAGAGAGGAGAACGCAGAACAGCAAGCUCUUGCUGCUAAAAGAGAAGACCUUGAAAAGAAGCAGCAGCUGCUUAGAGCGGCAACAGGAAAGGCCAUUUUAAAUGGAAUAGAUAGCAUAAACAAAGUGCUAGACCACUUUCGUCGAAAAGGAAUAAACCAGCAUGUUCAAAAUGGCUAUCAUGGCAUUGUGAUGAAUAACUUUGAAUGUGAGCCAGCUUUUUACACAUGUGUGGAAGUUACUGCUGGAAACAGGUUAUUUUAUCAUAUUGUUGAUUCAGAUGAAGUCAGUACGAAGAUUUUAAUGGAAUUUAAUAAAAUGAAUCUUCCUGGAGAAGUUACUUUUCUGCCUCUCAACAAGUUGGAUGUUAGGGAUACUGCCUAUCCUGAAACCAAUGAUGCUAUUCCUAUGAUCAGUAAACUGAGGUACAAUCCCAGAUUUGACAAAGCUUUCAAACAUGUGUUUGGAAAAACACUUAUUUGUCGUAGCAUGGAAGUUUCAACCCAGCUAGCCCGUGCUUUCACAAUGGACUGCAUUACUUUGGAAGGUGACCAAGUUAGUCAUCGGGGUGCUCUAACUGGAGGUUAUUAUGACACAAGGAAAUCUAGACUUGAAUUACAAAAAGAUGUCAGAAAAGCAGAAGAAGAACUAGGUGAGCUUGAAGCAAAGCUCAAUGAAAACCUACGCAGAAAUAUUGAAAGGAUUAAUAAUGAAAUUGAUCAGUUGAUGAACCAAAUGCAACAGAUAGAGACCCAGCAAAGGAAAUUUAAAGCAUCCCGAGAUAGCAUACUAUCAGAAAUGAAGAUGCUGAAAGAGAAGAGGCAGCAGUCGGAGAAAACCUUUAUGCCUAAGCAACGUAGUUUGCAGAGUUUGGAAGCAAGUUUGCAUGCUAUGGAAUCCACUAGAGAAUCAUUAAAAGCAGAAUUGGGAACAGACUUGCUUUCUCAACUUAGUCUGGAAGAUCAGAAGAGAGUAGAUGCACUGAAUGAUGAAAUUCGUCAGCUUCAGCAGGAAAACAGGCAGUUGCUGAAUGAAAGAAUUAAAUUAGAGGGUAUUAUUACUCGAGUAGAGACAUAUCUCAACGAGAAUCUGAGAAAACGCUUAGACCAAGUAGAACAGGAACUUAAUGAACUGAGAGAAACAGAAGGGGGUACUGUUCUCACUGCCACAACAUCGGAACUUGAAGCCAUCAAUAAAAGAGUUAAAGAUACUAUGGCACGUUCAGAAGAUCUGGACAAUUCCAUUGAUAAAACAGAAGCUGGAAUUAAGGAACUUCAGAAGAGUAUGGAACGCUGGAAAAAUAUGGAAAAAGAACACAUGGAUGCUAUAAAUCAUGAUACUAAAGAACUGGAAAAGAUGACAAAUAGACAAGGCAUGCUACUGAAGAAGAAAGAAGAGUGUAUGAAGAAAAUUCGAGAACUUGGAUCACUUCCCCAGGAAGCAUUUGAAAAAUACCAGACACUGAGCCUCAAACAGUUGUUUCGAAAACUUGAACAGUGCAACACAGAAUUGAAGAAGUAUAGCCAUGUUAACAAAAAAGCUUUGGACCAGUUUGUAAAUUUCUCUGAGCAGAAGGAAAAGCUAAUAAAGCGGCAGGAAGAGUUAGAUAGGGGUUACAAAUCCAUCAUGGAGCUGAUGAAUGUGCUUGAACUCCGGAAAUACGAGGCUAUUCAGUUAACUUUCAAGCAGGUAUCUAAGAACUUCAGUGAAGUAUUCCAGAAGUUGGUACCUGGUGGCAAAGCUACUUUGGUGAUGAAGAAAGGAGAUGUGGAGGGCAGUCAGUCUCAGGAUGAAGGAGAAGGGAGUGGUGAAAGUGAGCGAGGUUCUGGGUCACAAAGCAGUGUCCCGUCAGUUGACCAGUUCACUGGAGUGGGAAUUAGGGUGUCAUUUACAGGAAAACAAGGUGAAAUGAGAGAAAUGCAACAGCUUUCAGGUGGGCAGAAAUCGCUGGUCGCUCUUGCUCUGAUUUUUGCAAUUCAGAAAUGCGACCCAGCUCCUUUUUACCUGUUUGAUGAGAUUGACCAGGCUCUGGACGCUCAGCACAGAAAGGCUGUGUCAGAUAUGAUCAUGGAGCUUGCAGUACAUGCUCAGUUUAUUACAACUACGUUUAGGCCUGAGCUGCUUGAGUCCGCCGACAAAUUCUAUGGUGUGAAGUUCAGAAACAAGGUUAGUCAUAUUGAUGUGAUCACAGCAGAGAUGGCCAAGGACUUUGUAGAAGAUGAUACCACUCAUGGUUGA